CAGCCGCCAGAGCGGAAAGUGAGAAAAAUCAGCGGGAGCGGAGCGGCAUUUCUGUUUGAGCACCGCCGGGUUAAAGGUCACGCCGUCACCGACAAACACACACACAGCCGAGAAGAAGCGACCAACUCUCUGCUAACCAGCGGCUUCCUGCUCGAACAUGGCGGUGCAGGUGCCGUGCCUGUCGUUCCGGCAGCCGUAUGCCGGCCUGGUUCUGGACGGGGUGAAGACGGUGGAGAGCCGCUGGAGGCCGCUGCUCGCUCCACUGGAGAACCAGACGCUGGCGGUCCACGUGGCUCAGCGUGACUGGGAGGGGUCGGAGUGGAGGGCGGUGCUAAGCGGCCUGCUGGGGAUGGACGGAGCUCAGAUCGAGGCGCUUCUGGAGUCCGGGGAGCGGUUCGGCCGCGGCGUGGUGGCAGGAUUGGUGGAUGUGGGCCGGACCUGGCUUUGCCCCGCCUCCCUCCAGGGGAAGGACCUACAGUGCCUGGAGCAGUCUGCCGUGCUGAUUGGUCUGCAGGAGAAGCACCUGACUAACCUGUCCAACCCUCGCUGGCUGAAGGCCCCACUGAGAGCUCCGGGAGGUCGCGACCUCUGGACCAUAGAGAUCCCAGCAAAACUGUUACCGUGACAACACAUACGUAACCUACCCGAUGCUGGAGCGACUUCUCUGUCAUAGUACUUUGGUUUUUACAGCUGAUCAUUGGUCUGUGAACAGAGUGAUGGCGCUGACCUCAGAUCAGGUCACUGUGAUGUCAUCAGCACACCUGAUUUUU